AUACAAUAUUUUUAUACCAAUUCUUAUUUACUAUAAUACGCGAUUUUAAUUUAUUACUAAAACAUGGCUAUGAGAAACCCAAGACUACCAAUGUUGCCCGGCUACGGUGCUAACCCAUUGAUUGGGAAAACCAAAUUUGGAGUUCGACCAGUUUUCACAUCGAUCGACAAAGUUAACAUGUUAGUCGACAAAGCAACUGAAGAAAACUACGUGCCCUCGCUGUACGCUCGAAAGCAAGCUCCCGAGUUACCUACUUGGAUCAUGUACGAUAAGAACAUACUGCGUUUCGAAGCAUAUUUCCAACAAACGCUGCAUGAGAUGCGAUCUGCGUCCAGCGUGCUUCGCAAGGUGAACAUAUUCUUCUUCCUUGAAGAUGGCACGAUCAAGGUUAUGGAACCACGCACGGAUAACAGUGGGAUGUCACAAGGAACAAUGAUAUGUAGACAACGUAUCCGACUUCCGCAUAGCUACGAUUUGUAUUACGAUGUACUCGAUUUGAAUAUUGGAAGAGAGGUCACUUUUCACGGAAAAGUUUUUAAAAUCGUGAAUUGCGAUAACUUCACUCGAGUCUUCUUAAAUCGUCUUGGAAUCAAUGUACCAGAUCCUUUAAACUGGCCGGACGCAGUUGAAAGAACUAUACCAAAAGAAAAACCACCCAAACACAGACCGUUUCGGCAAUUCCUGGAUUUUGACAGACAAGUUUUAAGAUUUUACGGCUAUUGGGAUGACCGAGGAUCAGAAUUCGGUACCAUUCAUACACUGGAGAUACAUUAUUUCCUGGCCGACGACACAAUCGAGAUUAAAGAAAGCCUUCCUCCAAACUCGGGAACGGAAGCUGGACCAAUGUUCAUGAAGAGAAUGCGACUGCCCAGAAAAUUGCCAGACCACGUGGAAAUGACGGGUGGGCCGCUACCGGCUUCGUAUAGCCCGGCUGAUUUAAGCAUCGGAGCCGUCAUGAAUGUGUUUGGACGCAAUGUUGUACUAACUGAUUGUGAUCCCUUUACCAAGGAAUAUUAUCGUGUCACAUAUGGAUUCGAUACCUUUGUGCCCCUGGCGACACCGGGCUCUGAAUCCCACUGUGUGAGCACCAGCGUCGCGGAUCGUCAACUCCCACCAUGGAAUGGCUACGGCUCAUAUGCCGAUUCUGCUGAGAAUUGCCGCACUGUUGAGCCUAAGCCUGUGCAUGGAGAUUUCAUGAAGUUUCUGCAUAAGGAUAAGGUCGGCUUCGAUUCGCAUAAUCUUCGCUUUGCUGCUCGGCUUAUUACUGACAACCCGGAUGACGCAGGGCGAUAUUUCAUUGUACAAUACUUCUUAAGUGAUGAUACCAUGGGCAUUUUCGAACUAGGCGAAAGGAACUCUGGAUUUAAGGGUGGAAAGUUUUUCCGGCGUGACAAAAUGUACCAUCCAGAUGUGGAUUUCUUCGUACCGAAUGAGCCACCUUCGUACACCGAUAAGGAUAUGUGGAUCGGCAACGAACUUGUGAUCCGCAAGCACCGCUUUAGACUGAUUGCUGCCGAUGAGUACGCCUUGCGGUAUAUGGAGCUACACGCUAAGGAGUAUCCAAUGGCGAACGUACCACUGAUUAUGGAUAAGAUUCGACGGACAUUGGCAGGCAAGGAAAAUGGCUACAAGGACUUUGUUGCAAAAUACAUGAAUGCUGUCUUGCCACAUAAUAAAGAUCUGAUGACGAUGCGUUGUUUCAAACAAGCCCUUAAAGAAAUAAUGUGUGAAAAAAUGACAGAACACGAAUUUAUAACAUUAGCCCGAUAUUUCCGUGGUGAUCCCGGGCAAGAGCCGAGCCCAAGAAGAGAAAUGAUUAGGUCUUUGGUAUUCACGGAGCUGACGCGAGGCCUGUGGGACGAUCGUGCGCGGCUGCAGGAAGGCUUGCUUCAUGCCGACGAGGCCAAACUGGGAGCACUGCCAGUUCCUCGCAUACGUCAGUUGCUGCGUGCGCAUCGCCUGCCCAUCAACACUGACCUUAUGGACUGCAUGCUUGGAGUAUUGGAAAAAGAUGACGACUGCAAUAUUCGGUACGACGAUCUGAUGUCGUUCCUGGACUUCCAAACACGACCCGUCUACAAUCUCGCGGAGGGAGAUUACCAGAAAGUUGUGCGACAUGCGCCACCUGUUAAAUUUACAGAGUGUAAACAGUGGGCAGAUGUGGACACUCUGAUUAAGGCAGGCUACGUCAAUUGGAGCGCCUUCCUUUGCCAACUGAACCUCGAGCACCUUGUUAAAGAUCCUCAACCUUAAAAUAUUACAUCGGUACAUAUCUCAUAAUCGUAUCCAAGUUGCAUCAUCACAUCCCACGUAAGUGUUGGUUGACAAGUAAUGCAUAAUUAUAGGGAGGUCUGUGUUAAGGGGAAGGUCGCGUAUUUUAAAAAUGUUUCAUUUCUCUUUAUUUAUUUAGUUAUACUUAUCUACUAAAUCAUUGGUUUUAUUUUAAAUCAAGUAAUUUAAUAUAUCCGAACUAGUUCAAAGACAGUUCAAAGAAGGCACAAUGUUGAGUGAAUCAUGUAUCCGAUGGUCCCCGACCUCGAACAUUGACCUUUUGUCAUUAAAAAUCUACUUUU